AUGGAACACCUUAACCGCCCGAGGGCCGACUUGGUACGAGUCGUCGGCGACGACGUAGUAACACAAGAUCAUGCACAUUCAUUCAAAAUUCGCUACUUAUACGAUAAGGAUUUCGAGUACGACGGUUCUCGAUUCUCCGACUUUGCGGAAAAGUUCAUUGAGACUGGUGGUAAAGCAACUAGACUCGCACCAUAUCUCCAGGCAUGGCUUUUCUUCGGCCUCAUGAAGGAAAUAUUCGGGCACAUCUGCGGCAUCGAAUUCGACUGGCGGGACUUUAUCCAGGUCGAGGAAGGCCGUGACUACGCCGUGGUAACUACCCUGAAGCUUGAAAUGCUUAUAUAUCUUUGGCUUGCUCGCGAGGCCGAUGAACCAGCCGCCGAAAAGUUUAAGCGCCUAAAUCAGAUUGUGCGUGUGCUAGUGACCGCCGAUAGUGUCGUGUCUAAAACGAGACACUUACCUUUACCUAUUACUGCCGAGACGAAUCUGGACGACCCUGGGGCACCUGGAUACCCUACCAUGGCGGCAGUACUUCUCUCUAUCAAAAUCCUGGGAAUGACUCUUUGCGAAGCACUACCGACGGUAUAUAGCAAUUUCGUUCCCAUUGCUGGAGCUGAUAGCGAACCACUAUUUCGCGUUGACAAAGCAAGCACUCACGAAAGACUCCUUAACAAGGUAGAGUUCACAAGUUCCUAUCAUAGCGACCCGAUUAUCUCUCAGCUCCUGGAGAGGGCCAGCUACUGCCCAUAUCAAGUGGAAACCUGUGAUAGGGAAUACCUAUCACAGGGUAACUUGGGUCUUCGCUGGUACCUCACCUUUCUCGAUCGUCGAGGUAUCCCUGGAGAUCACUCAAAGUGUACUACGGAGAAGUGUGUCGGGUACCAGAUGGACGAGUCAACGUACGUGACGAAGCACCUUUUUGACCGGGACUGCGACUGCGAAUUUAUCUCUCUUAGCCACGGUUUUGAAGUCAACCUGGUUCUUUCCUGUGUCCGGCGAGGCGGUACCCCCUUGAUCCGGAUCGAUGGGCCCUUUGUUCGCAUCUUUCAGAUGGGCGUGGAUGAAGGUCCCACGCCCCCAUAUGUCGCUAUAUCCCACGUUUGGUCCGAGGGGAUGGGGAAUCCAAGGGAGAAUGCACUCCCCAGAUGCCAGCUGAGUCACUUGCAGCUUUCGGCAAGCAAGUCGUGCCCCGACAUUGACAACGUUCACUUUUGGAUCGACACACUCUGCAUACCCGUUGGCCACGAGGAGGAACGAAAGCAGGAAAUCAAGAAAAUGGCUAGCAUCUACUCGGGCGCCGAGAAGGUCGUGGUUCUCGAUAAGUCCCUUAUGAACACGAUGAGCAAUACUCAACGCGAGGAGGUCCUGAUACGAAUUUGGAGGUCACCUUGGGCGUCUAGACUAUGGACCCUACAGGAGGGUCGCCUCUCAAAGUCUCUCUCCUUCUGCUUUGCCGACGAAUUCUACGAGUUGAAGCACGUCGGCCUAGAGAUGAAAAUGUUCUGGCAUAAAGCUCUGUACUAUCAUACAGACAUCCCUACGUGGAUGGACAGGUAUGAGAAGUUGCGAGAUCCAGCAUGCUAUAGAAUGAUAGAGCUUGGCGCCAAACUCGAAGAUGCUGAGAGUAUAGAGGCUUUGGAGAAGAUUCAAAAAUUACCGCCUCUUCCGCUCGCGGGUAACCGUAGUCCAAAUAAGUAUCUGCGAGCCCUACACGGUUUAUGGCAGAUGUUGACCCUAGGACUAAGCCUUGACAAUCCACUGAGUGCGUCGGAGACGCCCAUCGCUCAUGCGGGCGAGGCUCCGCCAAGUUCGUUCGUCUCGAGAGUCGACCAAUACAACAAAUCUCGCUUCUUCCGAAUCACGGCGAAUGCUUCACUGAAUUCAUUUGGAAGUCUUCCUCCUUCGCAUCGCUACAGCAACAAUUUUACUCCAGCUGAAUUAUUUCGGGUAAUGUUUACCAGCCUUACAACGCGAGACCUUACCCGGCUGGAGGACGAGGCAGUCUGUCUGGCAACCACUCUUGGCACGGAUAUCGACGCCAUUUUAAGAGAGAGCUCUCCCGAAGAGCGGAUACGUAUACUCCUCACCUCCAUCGGCACUCUGCCCUUGAGCAUCCUGUUUAUCCAGAGCGAGAGACUGUGCCGCGAUAACUGCAGAUGGAUUCCCCGAACACUGCUUCGCAGAGGCGCCAAAGUUGCUGAAGGUUCCUGCCAUUGCCAGCCGGAUGGCCGACUGAUGUAUCAGGGCCGAGCACUCAUCAGCACGCGGCCAUUCGCCAUAAACAAGACAGGAAGCUAUUUCACCAUUGAAGUUGUAAAUGGCAAACAGUACUUUAUCGGUAUCCAACCCCAGCCUGGGCUUGACAUCGAAGAUGGAGAGAAGAGGUAUCUCAUCAUUCCUAGCAGGCCAGCACUAGCUAGGGAUGAGGUACCUCAAGAAGUAGCUAUCCUCAGUCUGUCGCCAGAUCAAGGGGUACCAAGUUUUCAAUCAGAACUGGCAGAGAUCGAAACUAAAUAUGAGUUCACAGCAUGGCUGUUUGACUUAGUCCUACCAGGCACUAAAGUUCAGGUUAGUGGUGGGCAAGCUGGUCAAUAUCAGAUCUGGCAACCUCCCAAGGAGCACCGAUGGCAGCUAGAUGUAGAAGCAGUUGAUAUCAUCCCAUGCAAUCUACUUACUGAGGAGAGUAAGAUACUUAUUGGGUAA